AUGUCGUCGCAAGAUUAUGGCCUGCUCGACCAGGGCAACGAGGAUCAAAUCCACAAAUCGCGACUGCUGCGCAUCGAAGAGCGGCCCUUCCAGCGCAUAACCAAACGUCUCCUCACGCCCGACUCGCCCGUUUACGCCCCUCCUGCCGCCUUACCGACUCCUCCGCCAGAUGCUACUUCGGCCGAUGAGGACUACGACGCCGCCCGCGCGAGCCAGGCCGCCGAGCGCGAGGCUUGGCGCACCGACAUGCUUCUCGACUUUGGCGCUCUAGCCGACAGCAUUGUCCGCAUACAGCUGCUGCGCAACAGCAAUGAAGCUGAGAGAAAGCGCUAUGCUGCGGAGAAGGCCAAGAUCGAGGCAACAGCCGCCGCAAUUCGUGGCAGCACUGCGUCGCUCCGGCUCCAGUUGGACGCGGCACGUGCGACCUUGGCCCGCAGAAAAACGUACGACGAGUUGGCCGAGCGUAUAACGAGCAACCGCAUGUUGCGUCCGCGCGAAGACCAAACCACGCAGCUUCACAAGUUGGAGUCUGAGAUCGCCGAGCUGGAGCAAGAGAGCAGGGUCUACGCCCAGACGUGGGCGGAGAGGAGAGAGCAAUUUGGCAGGAUUGUUGAGGAAGGCCGCCAGAUGCUCCGACUCAUCCGGGACGAAAAAGAAGAGGCCGAGCGCAAGGAGGGUAUGGAGGGAGGUGAAGAAGGUCUGGACGAAGGAGCUGAGGGCAGCAGCGCGAAGGGGGAGACAAGUGCUGUCGGCACUCCGCGGCCAGAUGUCGGGGGACAAACGCCAAAUCCCGCCCAAACAAGCCAACUUGCCGUUCAGAAGGGCUUACUUUCAGCCCCAAGCCCGGCUGCCAGCUUUGGAGGUGCCGCCAGCCCCGCCAGGAGGGAUGACGACAGCCAAAACGGCAGCAGAGAGCGAGACGCCGACAUGACUGAGUCUGGAGAAGUUGGGAAUGAGAGCGAAAUGGAAGAGGGCGAAGCGGAAGAAAACACGCCAGGUGAAAAGAUGGAUGUCUCUUAG